AAAAAGCAUUAAAAUGGUGGACUACAGCAAGUGGAAAGACUUUGAUAUUUCGGAUGCUGAGGACGACGAGGAGCCGAAAAUGAAUAGCGAGGCCCUGUUCCUCUGGCAUCAGCAGGCAUGGGUGGAGCGCCUGGAGGUGUUGGUCAGGGGCGAGGAGGACAUUAAAGAGAAACGAAAGAUCCACGAGGCUCGCCUCGUGGAUAUCAAGGAGCGCAUCAGCGCAAAAGAUGGCGAUAAAGUCGCCCUCAAGAAGCAGCUGGAAAAAGUCGAGAAGGAGGGCAAAGAACUUGAUCGCUUGGAACACGACAUGAUGCUGAAGGAGAAAAAGGAAUUGGAAGUGGACAAAAUCUGCAAGUCGCUCUACAAAAAGAUCGGGAUCAAUAAGAGUGCCGGUCGCAAGCCAGACGAGGAGCUUUCCUUGGAGGAGUUCCAGGAGUUCGUCAAGGAGAACGAGGAGCUGUGCAAACAAUACGGAAUGCUGCGCAAAUACGAGGACUCCAGGCGCUUCCUUGAAGAGCACCAGCAGUUGGUCUGCGAGGAGACGUGCUGCUUUCUGACGAAUUGGUGCAUCGACCUGGAGUUGGAGAAGAAGCACGAGCAGGUGGCUCAUGUGGCCCAUCAGUGCGUCUGCAUGCAGUACAUCCUCGAACUGGGCGAGCGCCUGGGCGUGGAUCCGCGGGCCUGUGUCAGCUCGUUCUUUUCAAGGACCCAGCUAUGCUUGCCCGAGUACCUCCAUCACUUCGAGACCGAUGUCAAGGAGUUCAAGGAACGCGUCCAAGAUGUAGCACAGGAAAAGAUUCAGGAGGCCAACGCGAAGGUGCAAGAUGUGCACCAGACCCGCUUGGGUCCCGGCGGGCUGGACCCAUUUGAGGUCUAUGAAUCCCUGCCCGAAGAGGUGCAGGCCGGCUUCAGGACUGGCGACAUAGAGCUGUUGAUAAAGCUCUUCGACGCAAUGCCAUCGGAUGUGGCCCAUCAUCAUCAUCAACGUUGCUUGGCCUCGGGUCUAUGGCUCCAAAAAGAUGCAGGCGGGGCCGCUGGGAAAGACGCUGCUGCUACAAAUGCUGCUGCAGCUGAUGCUACAGACGCUGCCACAACUGCUGAUACAGCUGAAGCUACAGCCGCUGCCUCAGCUGAUGCUACAGCUGAUGCUUCAGCCGCUGCCUCAGCUGAUGCUAUAGCUGCUGCUACAGCCGCUGCCGCUGCAUCAGCUGAUGCUAUAGCUGCUGCUACAGUCGCUACCGCUGCCACAACUGCUGCUACAGCUGAUGCUUCAGCCGCUGCCUCAGCUGAUACUAUAACUGCUGCUACAGCCGCUGCCCCAGCUGCUGCUGACGAUGCCAAGGAGGAGUCCAUCUACACUGGCGUCAGCACCGAAGAUCUUGAUUGAUCGCCUGCGGCGAAUCAUUGCCGGUGCCAUCUUCACUAGAAGUCUAAUCACAAUUUCCGGUCCCCGGCACACACACAUUCAUACAAUAAAUAUUAGAAACAGAUUCAAUCAACCGAAGCAUUUCUAAGUUCGGUUUUUCGGUAUAUGAUUUGAAAAAAAGUCAGCUAAAUUCUCAGUAAA